AUGGCUAUAGAGGAUGGCAUUAUCAUUCCAACCAAAAUUAUUGAUGAUGUCAUCUACGAAAAGAAAGUGAGUGAAUAUACUCAUGACGAGGAAGAUAGAAUGAACAUCGCUGCCAAAGCUGAAAUGGUUCUCACAAGUGCACUUGAAGAAAAAGAAUAUAAGCGCGUGAAUAAUUGCAAUUCGGCACAAGAAAUGUGGAACAAACUUGUGGUUACCUAUGAAGGAACCACUGACAUCAAAGAUUCUCGAAUGGAUACUUUGAUUAUGGAGUACGAAAAUUUCAAACUCCAAGAAGGAGAAAACAUCAUCGAUAUGGAAACGAGAUUCACUCGUAUUGUUGAUGAGCUUGCCCAACUUGGAAAGAACUAUACGCAAAAUGAAAAGAAUCGGCGAGUUCUUAAAUCUCUACCUCCAACCUGGAAAGUCAAAGUAACUACAAUCAAAGAGAUGCACAAUCUCAAUGAUUAUCACAUUGACAAUCUCUUCGGAAAUCUUCGUGCUUACGAGGAAGACAACGUUCCGGAUAUCGUCGUUCCUAAAGUCGAAGAAAAGAAGAAAAAUAUGGCACUCAAAGCCAUAUUAAUCGAUGAUGAUGACAACGACGAAGACAAAGCUCAAAGAUAUGGAAAAGGCUUUCUCAAAUCAAACAAUCAACAAAGAGUUUUCAACUCUAAUGGAAGGCCUAAUUACUCUCAAAAUUGCUCUCCUAAUUACAAGAGUAAUUUUCCAACUUCGGGCUACAACGAAGGCAAAGGAAUUCAAAAUUCAAAUUCGAAUUCCUACAACAAUGCAAACAACAACAACAUCAACAAUAACAACUAUACUCCUCCAAAGCCUAAAGAGCCUAUUCAAGAGGAGACACAAGAUGUUUGUUUUGAAUGCAAACAACCGGGUCACUACAAGAGGGAAUGUCCUAAGCUAGCCAAAGGACGUGUUCUCGUAGCAGAAAAUGGUUGGGAUCUAAGUGAGGAUGAAGAAGCCUCCGAAGUCAGUGAAGAAAUUGUUAAUCUAUGCCUAAUGGCUUCGGACAAUGCAUCUACUUCUUCAGAUGAUUCCACUACGAACCAAGAGGUAAGUGGACCCUCACGAGUAUUAGAAAAUAUGCAUCUAUUUAUUGACUCUAGCUUAAAUCUGCUUGACAUGUCUAAAAGUGAUCUAAUUGAUUUGCUAGUUCAUAUAAAUAGUAGAUAUUGUGACACUAAUCAAAGAUUCCUAGCUACGUGGUCUGAACACGAAAAGAUCAAAGAUUCGAGUAAAGAUCAACAAAACAAGUUGACUCGAAUGACGGAAUCUAUAACCAAAAAGGAGGAUGAUAUGAAAUCACUCAAUGAUCAAAAUGACUCUUUAAAGCUUGAAAUCAACAAGUACAAGGACAACAUCACAAACCUUGAAGUAGAGAAUGUUUCCUUGCUACUACAAGCUGAAGAAUUGGAAAAUGAGAAUAUACAAUUAAAUGAGAAUAAUUGUAAGCUUCAUGUUGAUGUGUUGAACUUAAAGAUUCAAAAUGAAUCUUUGAGUCAAGAAAAGUCAACUCCGAGUCAUCAAAAGAGCUCUAUUGAAAUUGAAAAUGAGAUGAUCUUAGUCUUAAAAGAAAAGGAGGAGAAGUUUCUUUUAGAAACAAAAAAACUAAAGGAUGAAAAUUUCAAGCUCAUAUCUCAAGUCAAGGAUCAAUAA